CUCUCUCAAAAGGAAGAAGGAAAAAAAAAACUUAUAAAUUUAGUACUACAAGGAUUUUCCCUUAAAAUCAGAUUGCUGGCUUCUUGUGAAAAGCCCACAAAGUUCUGGUGACUCAAGGCUGUAUUCUUAGCAGUAGCAAUAAGAGGGAACUGAAUAUCAGCCACCCCUCUAAAUUCUGCACAAGUGCCCCAACCUGCCUCUGACCCACCCAACCCUUUGAGAUUCUGUGAUACCUGCUUGGCCUCUGAGGGCCUUGCGUUUGUAACCCCUGGUGGAGGGAGGACACCACCAUCUGAAGUUCCUUCCAGCUCACUCUGGGUCUUUGUAUCUAGCCUUGUUUCUGAGGAAUUGUUUGUAAAUUAGUCUAUAUAAGAUAUAACUCAUGCUGCAAGACAUUAUAUGCUAGAUACACUUUUAUAAGCACUAUUUCAGACCUCAUUUAGUCUUUAUCACAGUCAUUUUAUUAGUCCCACUUGACAGAUAAGAACAUCAAAGUGAAGCCAUGUAUUUAAGGUCACAUAUAAAACAAAUGAUAGAACUUUCCAAGGUUCAGACCCAAGUAGUCUGGUGCCAGAGCCUGCCUCUGACCGCUGUGCAGACCUACCAACAAAGUGGGCUUGAAAGGGCCCCAAAGGCUAGGUGAGCAGAUGGAGUUAGUAUCACAGUACCUUUUUGAAAUGUUAGUUGAAAUGAAUGCUUAAAGGAGGUGGCAUGAUCUAAGUCAAGGUGAGGAGUUACAAUUUAACCUCGGGAGUAGUCAUCCCCCUUUGACAGGUGCUGUUAGAACAGGACAGGGCAGUGGCAGUGAAAUGUCACGUGUUGAGGGAAUAGCUGGGAUCCAGCUGUCUGAUACCUGGUGUGCAUCUGUUACCUCUAAGACUGUCUUCCCCGUUAAUAUGGAUAUCCUGUCAGCUUACUGGUAAGAACCUGGGAAGAUAGAGGAAUAAGAGGAUAUUUCCAGGGAACUCCAGCAAGGUGUCUUGGAUCCUCUUUUUCAGUCUGGGAGCAUCACAGUUUCUGGGUCUGGAUUGGGAGGAUAUAUUAAUGAUAAUCCUACCUAAAAAUUAUUGAAGACUUAAUGGUGGCUAGGAGCUACUCUAUAUUUAUAAACUCAGAACCUUGGCUGAAUCUCAGAAAAGUCACCUGUUCAAGAUGUUUUAGUCAGAAUUUAAAUCCAGGCACUCUGGCUCCAGAGCUCAUAGUCUGAACUCCUGUGUUGUACUUCCUCCACUUAAAAGUGCCCCUCCUAGACAUGCUCAGACCCCAAAGGGAGGGGUCACCUUUGCAAGGUGAGGCCCCCAUACCUUCUGGGCUUCCAGGCUGGAGACCUCAACAGGUUUUUUUGUUGUUGUUUUUCCUUUUGGUUGUGCUGCGGAUCAAACCUGUGGCCUUGCUUGUGCUACCACUAAGCUACAGCCCCAAGACCCCCAGCACCUUUAAAGAACUAACCUUGAACAAUGUUGGAUAGAGGCUUUGGACCAAAAAGCUGCCAAAUUGCAGGGGAUGGUGUAUAAGUGUGGCUGAGAUUGAUUUACAUGAAUGAUAGCUGUAGCAGAUACUUAUGCUUACCACGUGCCUAUCACUAUUCUAAGGGCUUUAUGUGGAAAUGGAGGCAGAAGGGUGAAUGAAGUAAUCUGGCCAAGAGCACUCUGUUCAGAGGUGGCAGAGUGAAAAUUUGAACUCAGGUUUUAGGGCCAUGGGCAAGGAAUGGGGAUAGGAUGAAGCUUUUGGAUUUCAGGCAAUUACAGGAAACAGGAAACCAUUAAAAUAUUUUUCGAGUGGGAAGCAAGGAUUGGCCUGGAAAGGCAGGUUGGGUGGGUUUGAGGUGCUGCCAAGGACAGACUAGGGUUUCUUGGAGAGUGCAAGGCCCUAGAUCUCCAGCCGGCGUUCCUGUUUUUAUAAUUCUCAGGCUGUGGCCAGCCUCCACCCCAGUGCAGGGCUAAGCAGGGCUCCUCAGGAACUACACGGUCAUUCCAGUCAGGGUAAUUUCCUGCCUUCUCAGCCUUGCCUACCUGCUUCUUGGCUGAGAAGGGAGGAAGGAGGAGGCCAGAAGCACCAGGACAGGCCCAAAGACCUGUAUUGAGGGUUUUCCAACACCACCCUCAGCCCCACCCCCAGGACCCAGUGUGCCAUCUUCUUCUAGGAUUCCCAGCUGGAACAGAAGCCAGGGCUGGAGGAAUCCAGAGACUUGGAGGAUCCCUGAGUACCACACUCCAGAGGUCCUAGUCAGAGGCUGAAGAUGGCCUUAUGGUGGGCCAGUGUAGUACUGCCCUCUAUCAGAUGACUUCUUGGCUAGGAGCAUCAGUAUUAUCACACAUGGUGACAGCCGGUGCCAUGGACCUGUACCAGACUGGCCCUCCUCCUUGGGCUGGUUGUCAGUGGAGUACUGGCAGGAACCCCAGCCUUUCCAUCAGAAACAAGGACUGGGCUCUCAGUCUCUGCCUCCCACCUCCUUGUGGGAACUGGGGCAGAGGACUUCAGCUUCCUGGGCCUUGAUGUCCUAACCUACUCAGGCAUUCUUGGCUUUGUCUCCUUUUCUUCUAGGCCAGUGAUGGCAAACCUUUUAGAGCUUUCAGUGAUAACAAACAGCCUGCUGCAGCCCACAUACCAUAGGUUUGGCACCAUUGCUUUAGGCUAACUUGGGGUGUUACUACAUUCCCUGUAUUGAGCUCCCAGGCCCCUUAGCACCUUGUCCUUUAUGAAACUUGCUUGGAGCUGAACAUGUUAGUGCACACCUGUAAUCCCUGCACUCAGGAGGCUGAUGCAGGAGGAUUGCCAUGAGUUCGAGCCCAGCCUGGACUACAUAGUGAGUUCAAGGCCACCCUGAACUACCUAGAAAGACCCUGUUGUGUGCACCCCACCCCCCAAAAAAAACUUGGUAGGAAGGCUUCUGUGUGUCAUGCCCUGCACCUGAUGCUGGGGAUGCAGAAAUGAUUGGACUGGAUUGCCAUCCUCCACAAGCCCACAUUUCAGUUGAAGAGGCUGAAGUUCAGUGAAAACAGCAAAUACCAGACUUGAGGCAGCUGCAGAGGUUAUGUUUGAGUGAGGCGUGAAAGCAGAAAGAGCUGGUGGAGAAGGAUGGGAGAGCAAAGACAGGGCAGAGAGCAAAGGCAGAUGUAAAGGUCUGGGCACUCGUGGGAACCGGUCCUGUCUUGAAAUGGAUAAAAAUCAAGUUGGAGAGGUUAGGGUAUAGCUCAGUGGUAGCACAUGCACAAAUGCCAAUCUCUGUGAGGAGUGGGGGGAGAAUUGACUCCUCCUGCUUACCUCAGAAGUGGGGGAAGUUCAAUGAUAACAGUGGAGCUGGUUAGGAAGAUCACCGAGGUGCAUCUUGCCAUAUCUGCGAACAUGCUGGGCAUGCCACUCUUCUUGCUUAUCAUUCUCUAUCACUAUGUACUAGUCAACAAUUCCAAAAAACAAGAAUGAAAGUGGCACUUUCUCCACCCCGGGGCUCCAGGACAUGGUCUGAGCUCAGAUAAAGGGUGUGAGGGGCCUUCACACUUCACUUCAUCCCUUCUGCCCAUCACAGCAUACAAAGCAGCUACACCUGGAUUUUUCCAAAUAAUUCUUAUUUCCUCAAAGUCUUCUUAACCUUAUAGAACAAGAAGCUGCCAUUGAAUAGGGUCCAGUAUGGAGGCUGCUUUAUUUUCUACUCUCUCCCCUCUCAAUACAAAAAUACAAAUAUGUAUUUUUUGUGAUUCCCCCCGCCCCGCCAAAAAAAGAAAUGGGAUGGACAGCCAGGUACAAUGGCACAUGCCUGUAAUCCCAGCAUGUGGGAGGCUGAGGUAGAAUUCUGAGUUUGAGGAUAACCUGGGCUGCAUAGUGAGACUGUCUAAAAAAAAAAAUGGAGAGGGGAGAAAUAAGUAGCCCAGUUUGUGCUCAGUGCAGAAAAAAUGGACAUGUGAGGCUCAAUAACAGGGAUGUUGAAGAAGCAGUUCACAAAGUUCUACAAGUACUAAUGAAGCAACUCCCCUGGCCAGGCCCACACUGUAUUUGCUGCAGAUAAAAUGUUUAUUUAGGACAGGUCCUUGCUGUCACAGAUCUUCUGUUCUAGCAAAAGGAUACAACUAAUAAGCAAGUAAACAAAUAUCUAAAAAGGAUGAUUUCAGGAUAAGUGCUGUAAGAACGAUAAGACUAUUAGGACAGAGUUGAAGAGGCAGCGAUUUAAGAUUAAAGGUUCAUUGUAGGCCUCAGAGGAGGUGACACUUGAGGUGAGACUUGAGGGAUCCAACUGCUAAGAAUAGGACAAAGUUGAGCAUGGUGGCGCAUGCCUAUAAUCAUUGCACUUUGGGAGACUGAGGCAGGAGGACUGCAAGUUCAAGCUCAGCUCAGCCAUCUUAGUGACUUAGUGAGAUGAGACUCUGUCUCAGAAAUAUAAAAUAAAAAAGGGCUAGGGAUAUAGCUCAGUGAAGGCUGAGUGCAGUCCUCAGUACAAGAAUGGAAGAAAGGAAGGAAGGAAGGAAAAAAGGAAAGAAAAAAAGAGAGGAAGGAAAGAAAUUAGGAAGACAAGAAAGCACAAGUGUGGGGCUAGGGUGGAGCUCAGUAGUAGAGCACCUGCCUACCAUGCACAAGGCCCUGGAUAUUUCCAGUAUAAGAAAGGAAGUAGUAUAUGUGGGAGCUCUUUGGACAAGCUUGAGUGUUCCAGGAAGAUAUGGGGUUUCAGGAGCAGUGAUGGCUAGAAAAGUGUGAACCAAGGCCUACGUUGUAGGAGAUGAAAGCUCAGAGAUGAGCAGGGGUCAGGGCUUCCAUGGUCUUUUAGGUAUGUGAAAGCAUUUGGAUUUUGUUCUGUGAAGGAAGCCAUCGGGGAUUUAGGCAAGGGACUAGGUCAGAUUUGCAUUUUCAUAAGAGUCAGUCUGGUUGUUCUGAAGGAAAGGGACUGUAGGAAGCAAGAAUGAAGGCAGUAGCCAUAAUUCCAGCCAGGGCUGUGGGGCUUGGACCAGGGAGCUAGCAUAGGAAAUGAGGUUUAGAAAAGUGGCUGAUGAAGGGGCUGGGGAUUUAGCUUAGUGGUUCCACUGCCAGCCUCAUAAGUGCAAGGACCUAAGUUCGAUUCCCGGUACCAAAAAAUAAAAAAAAUAAAAAAGUGGCUGAUGGCUUGCCUAAGGAGUUGGGUGUUGGGUGAGGAAAUGAGCAGUAUCUAGUAGGCCAGGCAUGCCGAAUUUAUGGCCCACCGUUCCCCCUCCACCCUUUUGAGUGAGGAAUUGUCUUGGGCUAUAUAUAAAACAUAUAAUAUAGUUAAUAUAUACAAGUAAUAGAAAUUCUUUUUUAAAUU